CUAAAACUAACAAAAUAGCAUUUGUGUAAAUUAUGCCAAAUGUCAUGUAUCAUAUCACCACAGAGAAGAAGAAAUGUCAUGUAUUGCAUGUUAUUCCACAUAGGCAGCAGAUGGAUAUAUUGUAUAAAUUGUAUUUUUGAAUGAACUUUGUACUGUUAAGAAACUUCUUAUUAUUUCGUUGUUAACUAAUUUACCACUAUAAGAUCAAAUAUGUUUUCUAGAACUUUGGGCCCACAGUUUAGAAGGUUUCAAAGUACAUUAGUAAUAGCUGAACAUAAUAAUGAAGUCCUAACACCAAUCACACAGAACGCUAUAACUGCUGCCAAGAAAUUGGGUGGUGAAAUAUCUGUAUUGGUUGCUGGAACCAAAUGUGGAACUCCCUCUUCAUCUGUAGCUAAAGCAAAAGGAGUAUCCAAAGUCUUAGUGGCUGAACAUGAAGCAUUUAAAGGGUUCACAGCAGAAAGCUUAACUCAGUUGGUAUUAAAUGCUCAAAAACAAUUUAACUUCACACAUAUCAUUGCUGGUGCAUCUGCUUUUGGAAAAUCUCUUUUACCUAGAGUAGCUGCCAAACUUGACAUCUCUCCAGUAUCUGAUGUUAUUUCAAUCAAAUCAACUGACACUUUUGUAAGGACUAUAUAUGCAGGAAAUGCCAUACAAACAUUGAAAGUAAAUGAUCCUAUAAAAAUUUUAACAAUUAGAGGAACAAAUUUUGAGGCUGAUUCAUUAGAAGGUGGAUCUGCACCGACUGAAAAUAUAUCUGCUGAUGGAUGUGCCACUGAUAUGACUACAUUUAUCAGCCAAGAACUCAGCAAAUCUGAUCGACCUGAACUAACAAGUGCCAAAGUUAUUGUUAGCGGAGGACGUGGCUUAAAAUCUGGAGACAAUUUUAAACUUCUUUAUGAUUUAGCUGAUAAGUUGAAUGCUGCAGUUGGAGCUUCCCGUGCUGCAGUGGAUGCUGGUUAUGUACCUAAUGAUAUGCAAAUAGGUCAGACAGGAAAAAUUGUAGCACCAGAUCUAUAUAUUGCUGUUGGUAUUUCUGGGGCAAUUCAACACUUGGCUGGAAUGAAAGAUAGUAAAGCUAUUGUUGCCAUCAAUAAAGAUCCUGAAGCUCCAAUUUUCCAAGUUGCCGAUUUCGGAUUAGUAGCAGACUUAUUCAAAGCUGUUCCUGAAUUAACUGAAAAGCUGUAAUAUUAACACAUGUGUUAUACAUUUAAAUGAAUAUCAUUUAUUAGCAGUAUACAAUAUAUUUUUACAUUACAUAA